AUGCGUUUCUCAGUGGUUGCAUCUACCUUGGCCCUUAUUAGUGCCGCCAACGCUGCUGUCUCGGCCCAGCAGAUGGUUACGAACAUUGAUGCUAUUACCAGCAAGUCCUCCGAAACCAAUGAUAUCGCGAAGACUAUAUCUAUUACCAAUCUCUUCAGCACCGUUCCUCAAGUAAUCAACAAAUUCCGUGGUCUCAUCACGAUUAUUACUCAAGAUAACGACGCCAUGGAAUCCAAGCGUAGCCUUAUGGCUCGCCAGGAGUGCCUAAACGUCGAGGACAUUGCAAAUUGUCUUAAGGACCUGGAAGAAAUUAUCUCAGACCCCGCCGAGAUCUUAGGUGGUGAAAAGAAGAAGCGCCAGAGUCCUGGCUACUCUGACACCGACCAGGUAUAG